CUGACAUCAUUGUAAGAACUGUUUCGUAUUGCUGACAUUCUUCCCGAAUGGGUUGUGGAUAGUAAAGGGGCGUUCGCCAGUGUGACAUGUAUUUUUUCCAGCAGUUUCGCCUUAAGGAGAAGUCACGCGCGGGUUUAUUGUCGCCACGCGCUCCCUCGUGCGCUCUGGUGAGCCGUUUUGACCGUGUUGCACGCGCCGCCGCUACAAAGUUAACAAGAAAAAAUGCGUCUGUUUGUUGUUUGUCUCUUGUCCACUUUUCUGGUCGCGUGUAAAGCGUCGGCGUCUCAGAGCGUUUUUACUAAUCACUGGGCUGUACGAGUCAGAGGAGGAUUAAACCAGGCUGACAAACUUGCUUCUAAAUAUGGCUUUACAAACCUGGGCCAGAUUGGUGAAUUGGAGGACCACUACCAUUUCCAUCAUAGUCACGUGGUGCGCAGAUCUACCUUUGCCACCAGGGGCACACACAGUUUCAUUCACAUGGACCCCAAGGUGGAUUGGAUCCAGCAGCAGAUAGUAAAGUCUCGAGUGAAACGCUAUGCUCGAAGCGACCCCAACUUCAUCUAUUUCAAUGACCCCAAGUGGUCAAACAUGUGGUACAUUCACUGCAGUGAUAAAAACAGCCGGUGUCGCUCCGAAAUGAACAUCUUGGCGGCCUGGCAGCGUGGCUAUACAGGUCGAAAUGUUGUCAUCACCAUCCUAGAUGAUGGGAUUGAGAGGACCCAUCCUGAUCUGGCCCAAAACUAUGACCAGCUAGCCAGCUAUGAUGUCAAUGGCAACGACCAUGACCCGAUGCCACGUUAUGACUCUAGCAAUGAAAACAAGCAUGGGACCCGAUGUGCUGGGGAGGUGGCUGCUGUGGCUAACAACUCACACUGCAUUGUUGGGAUUGCCUACAACGCCCGAAUUGGAGGCAUUCGGAUGCUGGAUGGGGAUGUGACUGAUGUGGUGGAGGCCAAGUCGCUCGGGAUACGGCCUGACUACAUUGACAUUUACAGUGCCAGCUGGGGCCCUGAUGAUGAUGGCAAAACUGUGGAUGGUCCAGGCCCACUGGCUAAACAGGCUUUUGAAGUGGGCAUUAAAAAGGGCCGCAAAGGUCUGGGCUCAAUCUUUGUGUGGGCGUCUGGUAACGGAGGUCGGCAGGGAGAUCACUGCUCAUGCGAUGGCUACACCAACAGCAUCUACACCAUCUCUGUUAGUAGCAGCACGGAAAAUGGCAACAAACCCUGGUACUUGGAAGUCUGCUCAUCCACCAUGGCCACCACCUACAGCAGCGGAGAGUUUUAUGACCGCAAAAUAAUUACUACAGACCUGCGUCAGCGCUGUACAGAUGGACACACUGGCACAUCAGUGAGUGCACCAAUGGUGGCUGGCAUCAUUGCUCUUGCGCUGGAAGCCAACCCAUUAAUAACAUGGAGGGAUGUGCAACAUCUCUUGGUAAAGACAUCCAGACCUGUUCAUCUGAAAGCCAGUGACUGGAAAACAAACGCAGCAGGACACAAGGUUAGUCACCUGUAUGGAUUUGGGCUGGUGGAUGCUGAGGCCAUGGUCGUAGAGGCUAAGAAAUGGCGAAGUGUUCCACCUCAGCACACAUGCACCAAGAUGUCAGAUCGCAGAACCAGGUACAUCCGGCCAGAACAGAAGCUAAACAUCACCGUGAGUAGCACAGGCUGCAGCGGACAACCAGAUCAGCACGUAGCCUUCCUGGAGCAUGUAGUGGUACGCGUGCUGAUCGUUCACCCGCGUAGGGGAGACCUGGAGAUCAGCCUUGUCUCUCCAUCAGGAACACGCUCUCAGCUCCUGGCCAAAAGGUUGUUUGAUAACUCUAAUGAGGGCUUCAGGAACUGGGAGUUCAUGACCGUGCACUGCUGGGGCGAGAGGGCAGAAGGCACAUGGACCCUGGAGAUAUCCGACUCACCCUCGCAGCUCCGCAGCAACCUUGAAGUUCUAGGUAAGCUAAAGGAGUGGACUCUGAUACUCUAUGGCACAUCUGAGCACCCCUAUCAGUCUCAUGGUUCUCAACACUCUCGUGCUCGGGUGCUGGAGAUUCCCAGUGUUAAGAAUCCAGAGCCUUCAUCCAGCACAGCCCUCCAACAUGAAGAGGAGGAAGAGGAGGAGUACACUGGGCCAUGCCAUCAUGAGUGUGGUGAUCAGGGUUGUGAUGGCCCAGAUGCUGACCACUGUCUAAACUGCAUCCACUUCAGCCUUGGCAGCCUGAAGACCGGGAGGAGGUGUGUUAGCCACUGUCCCUUGGGUUAUUUUGAGGACAGUGAGGCGCGAAGGUGCAGGCGUUGUCACCGAGGCUGUGAGAAGUGUGUGGGCCGAGGUUCAAACGAGUGCCGCUCCUGCCGGAGAGGAUUAUACUUCUACACUGAGGAGAGCUUGUGUGUAGAGAACUGCCCCACUGGGUACUUCAAUGAUGAGGUUCAGAGACAUUGUCUGAAGUGCCAUGAGAACUGUAUGAUGUGCCUGCAGGAUUCUGACAGAUGUACCGCAUGCAAAACAGGUUAUAGUUUAGCAGGAAUGACUUGUGUCCCUGAGUGCACAAAUGGAACCUUCUUUAACUUGGAGGAGAUGAAGUGCAGCCCCUGCCAUGUCUCCUGCUCCACCUGCACAGGGCCUGGUAUGGAGGAAUGUCUCCACUGCUCCCGUGACUUCCUGCAGGAGGAGUGGCGGUGCGUGCGGAAAUGCAGCCCUGGGCACUACGAGGGUGAAAGCAUAGGAUUUCCACAGAGGAUGUGCCGCAAAUGUGAGGAGAACUGUCUGAGCUGCCACGGACCUGGAACAAUCUGUACUCAGUGCAGAGAUGGAUACAACCUGGUCAGCGGUACCUGCAUAUUCAAAGCCACCUGUAAUAAUAUCAGGUUUGAUGAAUCACUGCUGCUGUGUUGAUCCUGGAGUAAAACGCUAUUUUUAAAUUGGCGGAUGAAGUGUUCUGCGACAUGGUGAAGUCCAACCGGCUGUGUGAGAAGAAACUCUUCCGACAGUUCUGCUGCAGAACCUGUUUGAUGACAGGAUGAAUGAGUAACACGAGUGUAAAAGAGAGAAGGACAGGUCACUUCAUUUAAUACGGCUCUGUUAUCUGAUGUACAUGUUUCAUCCAUUUAUAUCUGGAUUCAAACCUGAACACCUCAUUUCAAUAAAACCCUGAAAGGGUGCUAUUUGAUUGCCAUAAGGUAUUUUUUUUAAAGCUAUCUGUUUUAUAAACUUCAUAUAGUUCAUGUAUAGUUUACUUUUUAUUCUGAUAUGAUAUUACAGAAUUUCAUGUCAGCUAUAAGAUUAAAUCCACUCGCCUAAUAUUUUGUACGUUCACCUUAUACUGCCAAACAACUCUGACUCAUGGAGGCAUUCCACAAGACCUAUGAAGGUGUGCUGUGUUAUCUGCCUCCAAGACCUUAGCAGCAGAUCCUUUAUGUCUUGCAAGGUGGGGCCUCCGUGGAUCGGAAAAACAUUUUAAAGAUGUUGGACUGGAUUGAGAUGUGUGGAAUUUGUAGGCCAAGUCAAGACCUUCAAGACCAUCUCUUCCCUAGAAAAGCAACACACAUGAUGUUUCACUCCACAUGAUCCUUUUUCAGCCAUUUCUGCUGCAGUAGCUCUUCUGUUGGACCAAACCAGCUAGCCGUCAAUCAUCAUGUGCAUUAAUGAGCCUUGGGUACACAUGACCCUGUUAGCGGUUGUCCUUCCAUGGACCACUUUGUUAGGUACUAACCACUGCAUACCAAGAACAUGCCACAAGACCUGCCAUUUUGGAGAAGCCGUCACAAUUUGUCCGUUGCCAAAGCCUAAGGUUUGCCAAUUUGUCCUGCUUUCAACAUGUCAUCUUCAAGAAACAACUUUUCACAUGCAGCCUACUACAUCCUACUACACACCUUUACAGCUGCCUUUGUAAUGCAUUAUUCUAUAUUAUUCAUUUCACCUGUCUGUGGUUUUAAUGUUAUGGCUAAUCAGUGUUUUUUGCAGCAGGGAGCUGUGUGCGAAUAUAAAGAAUAUGUUGAAGAGGCCACAUCCUCAAUAAACUGAUUUCCAGCACUAAGCUGAAUUGAUGAAUAUGACACCAUAUUCAUUGUUUUAAACUGCAGUGAAGAACCUCUUAAACAAAAACAUUCAACAGCAUCAUUGAUCAAGAAAGAUGAAUUAAUACCCCAGGUAUUGUAUAUACUGGAGUGUGAAUGUAAUGUUUAAACUUUUUGCUUCUGUAAGAGUGGCAGAAUAAACUAAAUGAUUUGUUGCCACCA